CGAAGCAUCAGUUCACACAGCCUCGAGUAGUAACAGGUACCGAUACCCCUCACCAUGAGAGUCCUGCUCGUUCUCCUCCUCUGCGUGGCGGCGGCUGUCGCCUUCAAGCAGCGCACUUUCGGCGGUUUCGGGUACGGCCGACCCCACAUUGGCUACGGAGUCGGUCACGGACUCGGAUUCGGCCACGGAAUCGGCUACGGACACGGAAUUGGAUACGGACACGGCAUUGGCUUCGGCGGAUUCCGUCCGGGCGGUUUCGGCUACCGUCCGUACGGAUACGGCCCGUACGGUUUCGGACGGAACUCCGAUACGGACAUCAAGGCUGAGGGCUCGGCCGCCGAGCCGGCGGAGAAGGCGGCCGACAAGGCGUAAACUGCGUUUUUGAGGAUCAGAGGCGGUUUCUGACGACCGGCGACGGUUCAUACUCGUGCCUCACCAUAUUUCUGUAUCUCAUAUAUAUGUUUAUCUGCAUCUAUACUCACCAAAUAUAUUGAUUGUUACAUGAA